AGGCCGGAAAAUGGUGGGGUCCUGACUGCUGAGCGCGCGGCAGGCCCCUUAAAAUGCCCGAACGCGUUUCACUUUUUCCAAGAUGGCGUCGAUGAGGGACAGUGACACCGGCCUUUGGCUGCAUAAUAAACUAGGAUCGACGGAUGAGUUGUGGGCACCUUCUAGCAUCGCUUCGCUGCUCACCGUGUCAGUCAUCGACAAUAUACGCUUGUGUUUUUCGAGUCUAUCGCCCCCGGUGAAACUGAAGCUCUUGCUUGGGAUGCUGCACCUCCCGCGGCGGACUGUGGAUGAGAUGAAGGAUGCUCUCUCUGAGAUCAUCCAGCUGGCCACGCUGGACUCUGAGCCCUGGGUCCUCAUGGUGGCCGACAUCCUCAAGACCUUUCCUGAAACGGGCUCCCUCAAUCUAGACCUCGAGGAGCAGAACCCUAAUGUUCAGGACAUCUUGGGCGAGUUGAGGGAGAAAGUCAAUGAGUGCGAGGCCUCAGCCAUGCUGCCGCUGGAGUGUCAGUAUCUGAACAAGAACGCCCUGACUACCCUGGUGGGCCCACUCACGCCUCCAGUCAAGCAUUUCCAGCUCAAGAGAAAGCCCAAAAGUGCCACCCUAAGGGCAGAGCUGCUGCAGAAAUCCACAGAGACAGCGCAGCAACUGAAGAAGACCGCAGGAGUGCCUUUCCAUGCCAAAGGUCGGGGAUUGGUGAAGAAGAUCGACACAACAACUCCCCUUAAGGGCAUCCCGAAGGCCCCAUUUCGAAGCCCCACCACCCCCAGCAUGUUCAGCCCCCCCAGUAAUCGGACACCCAUCGCUCCGGUGCGGACACCCAUGCGUAAGGAGCGUGGGGUCAAGUUGUUGGACAUCUCUGAGCUCGACAUGGUGGGUGCUGGGAGAGAGGCUAAGCGAAGGAGAAAAACAUUGGACACUGAGGUGGGGGAAAAGGGUACCAAAGAAGAAGCGGUGGUGGAGAACGCAACACCCGACUACGCUGCUGGUUUGGUGUCCACACAGAAACUUGGGGCGUUAAACAACGAGAGUACACUACCAUCUACAAGUUACCUUCCUGCAACGCCCAGCAUGGUCCCUUCAUCCUCAUACAUUCCCAGUUCAGAGACACAGCCAGCAAAUUCAGCAGGCUCUGGGCGUGAGGCUCUGCAGUCCAGUAGGCAGCCGGAUGAGACGGCAGCUCCCAGUACGGUGCUACCACCCCAGUUCAAGCAGAGGACACCCAUGUACAACAGCAGUAACACCAGCCCCACAGCCCCCACCUCACCCACCACACCUACCAGCACCCCAGCCAACAACGCGCCACCUGCUGCUGCCACGGCAACGCAACAGGAGUCACCUGCGCAACCUCCAGCCCCCCAGGCCACACCCACAGUUGUGCCACAGCAGCCACAACCCAAAAAGAAUCUUUCACUUACGAGAGAACAGAUGUAUGCCGCACAAGAAAUGUUCAAGACAGCAAACAAGGUUACCCGACCAGAGAAGGCCCUUAUCCUGGGGUUCAUGGCUGGGUCCCGAGAGAACCCAUGUCCGGAGCAGGGUGAUAUCAUCCAGAUCAAGUUGAGUGAGCACACAGAGGUACUUCCCAAGGCAGAUGGCACAGGCAGCACAACAAUGCUGGUGGACACCGUGUUUGAAAUGAACUACUCCACGGGCCAGUGGACCCGUCUGAAGAAGUACAAGCCAAUCACUAACGUUUCCUGAGAAGAACGAAAGAGUGGGGGACCUGGGGGAGAUGGCUUGUACGGACCUUGACUAAAAAAGGCAAAUUAUUAACUUCUGGGCCAAAUCCAUCUUGUAAUGUUGAUCUUUAGGGUUGGGGUCAGGAUACAGCCUGUGGAUGGAAGGAGGUGGGCUGUGCAGUACAAGGAUAUUGGGCAGCGCUGGGUCAAAGACGAUAAAGCAGAAAUCUCCCAGAGGCCAAGACCACUCCUCUCCCUUUCCCUCCACUGCCAGUUGACAGGGACUCUGUACGACUUGUUUUUGUCACAUGUUUCUUUUUGUUUUUAAAGCCCAUUGAAAUCCCUUUGGAUUCCAGAGUCCUCGGGAGUGGACUGUCUUUUCUUGCCAGUUGAAGUGUCGUUCUGAUCGACAUCAGAGAGUGGUAGUUUGCAGAUUGGCUGUCGCAUUGUCCAAAAACUUGCAUUUCUUUUAACACUGUUCCAGACUAAUAAUGUGUACAGCUUCCCUCAAUUAGAAACACAUAGAAGAAAUGUGACAGGAUGGCUGUUUCCCUUAAUUCUUUUUCAGGCAGUCUGGUGGAAGGUGUCUCCCCCCCCCCCCAACCUUAAGGAAAUAAAUAA